AUGCCUAAGCGCAAAAAAGCGUCGUCGAAAGACCCCUGGAAACAUUUAAUAAAAACAUUAGAAAAACCUAACGUGACAAAUCAUCUUCUUGAAUACUUAUGUAACCUAAAAAAUAAACGCAAGACCCUUGACAAAAAAAUAACGCAUAGAGAUUGGUUAGAAAGCAUAUCACUAAUUUCAAAAAAACACGAAUCUGUUCGGAUUCGGAAGCUUGCAGAUGAAGCAGUCAAAAAUUUUAAGAAAGAAUUUCAAUCCCAAGCUGUUGUCAAUUUUUGGCAAAAUGUUGAUGACCAGCGGAAGAGAGAGAAUAUCGGCAAAGAUUUAUUUUUCAUGCACUUUGAAGGAUUUACUGAGCUGGUCCAAAACAGAAAUAAUGAUUCAAUUCAUAAGUCCGAAGAUGAUGAGUCCGAAGAAGAUUAUGAUUAUGAGUCCGAAGAUGAAGUAGAUCCUUCUCAAAAGGAGGAUGAUGCGAACUCCGAAAGUGAUGAAAGUGAUCUUGAAGAAGAAUAUUACGCUCAUAUAAUUGACCUGGACAAUGUACCGGAGCAACGCAGACCUUCAUUCUGUUCCGAUAAGGAAUGGUCCGCAAUUACUUCUAUAUCAAAGCCAUCAGUGGACCUACCUCCUUCAGUAGAACGACAACUUGAAAAUUAUUUGAAAAUUCCUGAGAUUAAAAAAAUACGGGAAUCAUUUGAUUCCUAUGAAGAAGUAACUACUGAUGAAGAUAAAUAUGCUCGUAGAAUCAUCGAUCAUUAUAUUUUUUGUCUUGAAAACCGGCCGGAAUACUUUGCUAAACGACCUCAAACCGAGGCUACAUUUCGUGUAAGGUUUAUUGAACCAAUUAUAAAACCGUUCAUUUUCAUUUUCAAAGACUUAAUGGAUAUGACUUGGGGUGAAAUCACGAGUUUAUCAUCGGCUAAUCGUCGAAACUAUCAACUUGCGAAGGGCAAAAGAAAACGAAUUGGAUCAAAGGCAGAUGGUAUUGGUUCACUUGUAGAUGCCGACGAUAAAGAACUUAUGAUAAUUGAAUUAUCCGGAGCACCAACCCGACUUCCGACUAGGCAUCCGGAAGGGGACUAUGUGUGUGAGUUCGAAUUGGCUAAAAAACUUAAAGUAUUUGGGCUACAAACAGAAGUUGGUCGUGGGAUCUAUUGUAUAAGAACGUUGUCUCAGUUCCAUUUACCGACAAGAAUAUCUGAUUUAUGUUAUUUGUACGAACUACUCAGAGCCAUGUUUCUUCUUAGAGAUGAAUUGAUCAAGUCAUUGAGAGUUAUUCAAGAUCUUAAAAUAGCAAAGGCCCGUAAACUUGAGGUUAUUGACCCAAUCAGUUCUUAUAUAUUGCGAAUACCACCAAGCUAA